AAUAUAUUGCCACCUAAUCCACGAUAUUAAAUUUAAAUUAGGAAAAUUUCCUGCAAGAAUUGUUUUGUUGUUAGUUACGAAAAUGUUGUCCGGACUACUGCUGGUAGUUUUUCUGCCGAGCUUGGUAUAUUCCCUUCAGUGUUACCGAUGUUUCGGAAACAGCUUCUGCAACGAUUUCAAUAGUGCCAACGCUACUUCCUUGGCUCACAUAGACAACUGCAAUCAAGGGUUGGCUUCAUACGAUGGCGACGACAUCCACAUCAAAAGACUAACCAACGCUGUGUCGAAGCUGAUAUCUAAUUCUCCAUCUAUUAGAGAUUCAUCCUUACCUGGGUGUCUAACUGCCACCGUACACGAAGCGAGAUACGAUCACACAAUAAGGCUUUGCGUUACCAACGCUUCCAUAAUAUGUCAGGCGAUCCAGGAAGUCCUAUUCCCGGUCUAUCAUGACUACGAUGCUGUAGGAUUUUCCUGCGCUGGGUGCACUUCCGACUUAUGCAACAGCCAGACGCAGAGAUCGACUGGCAAUAUUACGUAUUUCUCCUUGUCCCUUCUAGUAGUUCUUAGCGCUCUUAAGCUAAUCACUUAGUUGGUGGGGUUUCUGAUUUCAAGUGUGUGAAUAUGACUUCGUAUUUUAUUAUUUUGCUACUAUUGAUAAUGUAGGUUAAAGAAAAUUUCUUAAUGGAAACUACUUGUUUUAUUUGAAAUAAUCUGGCUGUUUUCUAUUCGAUCAUAAAUGUUGGCCAUCUGUCAUCAUGGCCACCACUAAGUUAUGUGAUUUUAAUAUUUUAUAAGUAACUUCUUUAAUUACUUAUUAGUAAGUAGGUAAAUUUGUAAUAAAAUGUAUCUAAUAAUUUGUGUCUAGCAGAAUUAACUUUUCCAAAAAAAAAAACAGAAACAAAGAACAAAUAUCAUUUUUGAUUCAUUUAUUUUUUAUUUGGCUUGCACAUUAAUAAAAUUAUAAAUAGUUAUUAAGAAUCCUUUAGGAUUUUCUUUGUUUAUUUAACGACUUUAUUUUUUUCUCGAUUAACCGAUAUUGGUACGAAGAAAAUAACUGAAUUUAAAUUAUAUAUAUUGCAGACAAUAUUAAAUAUAUCUCAAAAGUGGUAAAGUUUACCUAUAUUAUAUAUAACAUAUUGUAUAAAAAUGUCAGAGAAAUUGAGAAAAUAGCAACAUUUACAUUUAAAAUACAAUACAAUUCUCGAUAUAAUCGGAAGUAGCGCUAUAUUGAAAAUUGAGUUCUAUAUCAUCGCAAAAUAUCCAUCUAAAAUAGAAUUAAAUGUCGAAGCUUAAUGUAGUUUCCGUCAAUACGUAUUCUUCUAUGCUUUUCAAGACAUUUAUUUUCGACUAGAGCUCGAGUUGAGCAUCCAUGUCCAUUACUAUCGCGCAGUCAGAUCAGCUUCUUUAAAAGUUGGUAAGGGCGAUGCUUGCUGAAGCCUCAUUAACCUUCUCAAAAUUUUACGCCGGUUAUUAUAUUUGGAACUUAAUAAGUAAACGAUUUUACGAAAACAUCGACACUUAUAUGGGAUUUUAAUGUAAUAUUUUUAAUCUCAUCUAAUUCGGAGUUAAAUUAGUGCAGCUACGUAUCAGACUAUCAAAAUGUCAAUAAAUAAAUAAUUGAAAAGUAGCAAUUGAUUGUAUUUAUUGCCACA